AUGGCGCGGACUGGUUGCAGCCUCCUCCAGGCCCGACCACGCCUCUUCCCUGACCCAGCAGGAGCCCAGGAGGACCUCGUGGAUAUGCCCACCCAGGUGGAGGGCUACCUGGGCUCCAAUGCCACACUGCCAUGUUACCUGAAGUCGAUGAAGACCAUGGGGGUCGUGCUGCAGGUGACGUGGCAGCGGCUAGAGGACCCCCACAGCAGCGUGGCCACGUUCCACCACAAAGGAGACACUGUGUUCUCCGAGCCCGGGAGGAUGGCGUUUGUCGCUGCCCGACCGGGCGAGGAGCUACGGGACGGGUCGCUGGUCUUGCAGGGGCUCCGCCCCUAUGAUGAGGGCUACUACACCUGCGAGUUUGUCACUUUCCCAGGAGGCACCCUGAAGAAUGGUACCUGGCUCCAUGUAUUAGCCCGACCCCAGAACCACGUAGAGGCCCUGGAGGUGGAUGUCCCACUCAGCCCGGUGCCUGUGCCUGUGGCCCGAUGCACUUCCACCGGCGGCCGCCCACCUGCCCGCAUCUCCUGGUCCUUGCCCCUGGACUGGAAGGCCAGUGUGGAUUGGAAGGCCAAUACGAGCCAGGUGCCAGGCCCCCUGCCUGGCACAGUCAGUGUCACCAGCCUUUUGACCUUGGUGCCAUCGAGCCAGGCAAACAACAAGAACGUCACGUGUCAAGUGCAGCACGAGAGCUUCAAGGGGCCGGACCUGCUGCCCAUGGCCCUUACCGUGCGCUGUGAGACCGUGGGCCCCCUGCCUCCCUCUGCUGUGGCCCGAGGCCGCCAGCUCCUGAUCCACACUGUGGACGAGUCCAUCAACACGACUCUCAUCUGCUAUGUCAUGAACACUGUGGGGACUGGCCAGGCCAAGCUGACUGUCGUGGUCAGAGACAGGCCUGGGGUGCUGUCAGACGGAGUCAAAAUCAUCAUCUCGGUUGUGAUCGUGGCUGUGGUGGCCGUGCUGGGGUUCAUAUGUGUCACGGUUUACAGAAGCAAGUGUGAGUCUCCUCAUUGGAACAUCCCCGUUGGUCUGCUCUGA